CCCGCUCAGGACCUGCCUCGUCCACCAUGAAAGGCACCCGGGCCAUCGGCAGCGCCCCGGAGCGCAGCCCGGCAGGUGUGGACCUGAGUCUGACAGGUCUCCCUCCGCCUGUGUCCCGGCGUCCUGGCAGCGCCGCCACCACCAAGCCCAUCGUCCGCUCUGUCUCCGUGGUCACAGGCAGCGAGCAGAAGAGGAAGGCGCUGGAGGCCACAGGGCCUGGGGGCUCCCGGGCCAUCAACAACCUUAGAAGAUCCAACAGCACCACACAGGUCAGCCAGCCUCAGAGCGGCUCCCCCAGGCCAGCGGAGCCCACGGACUUCCUGACACUCUUCGAGGGUAGUCCCAGUGGGAAAAAGAGGCCAGCCAGCCUGAGCACAGCCCCCAGCGAGAAGGGAGCCACCUGGAACGUCCUGGAUGACCAGCCCCGGGGUUUCACCUUGCCACCCAAUGCCCGGAGUUCCAGUGCCCUUGACUCACCGGCGGGCCCGCGGAGGAAAGAAUGCACCAUGGCCCUGGCCCCCAACUUCACUGCUAACAACAGGAGCAACAAGGGAGCCAUGGGCAACUGCGUCACCACCAUGGUGCACAACCGCUACACCCCCUCGGAGAGGGCACCCCCGCUCAAGAGCUCCAACCAGACUGCCCCCUCCCUCAACAACAUCAUCAAGGCAGCCACCUGCGAGGGCAGCGAGAGCAGUGGCUUCGGGAAGCCACCAAAGAAUGUCUCCAGUGCCAGCCACUCGGCCCGGAACAACGCUGGGGGUACCACGGGCCUGCCCAGGCGGAAGGAGGUGACAGAGGAGGAGGCUGAGAGGUUUAUCCACCAGGUGAACCAGGCCGCUGUCACCAUCCAGCGCUGGUACCGUCGCCAGGUGCAGCGGCGCCGAGUGGGAGCUGCCCGCCUGGAGCACCUGCUGCAGGCCAAGCGGGAGGAGCAGCGGCAGCGGCCAGGCGAGGGGACCCUCCUGGACCUGCACCAGCAGAAAGAGGCAGCCAGGAGGAAGGCCCGGGAAGAGAAGGCACGCCAAGCCAGGCGAGCGGCCAUUCAGGAGCUGCAACAGAAACGAGCCCUGAGAGCCCAGAAGGCGAUCACAGCUGAGCGUGGGCCGCCUGAGAAUCCCGGGGAGACCAGAGCGCCAGGGACGCGGCGGCCUGCUCAGGAGCUGUCCCCCACGCCAGGCGACACUGCCCACCAGGCCCUCAAGGCCAUCAACACUGGUGCCGGCCUCCCUGCUGCAGGCCCUGGAGACUGCUGCCUGCCCGCCUCCAGCUCGUCCCCAGACCCACAGCAGCCUCCAGAGGACAGGACGCAGGACGUUCUCGCCCAGGAUGCAGCUGGGGACAACCUGGAGACGGUGGCCCCGAGCAGGGGCAGCACCAAAUCCAGGGGGCCCCUGGAGGAGCUGCUGCACACGCUGCAGCUGCUGGAGAAGGAGCCGGAGCCGCUGCCCCGCCCCAGGGCCCAUCACAGGGGCAGAUACGCCUGGGCCAGCGAGGAGGACGAUGCCAGCUCUCUGACAGCUGACAACCUGGAGAAAUUUGGAAAACUCAGUGCGUUCCCCGAACCCCCUGAGGAUGGGACGCUGCUCUCGGAGGCCAAGCUACAAAGCAUCAUGAGCUUCUUGGACGAGAUGGAGAAGUCUGGGCAGGACCAGCCGGACCCCCAGCAGGAGGGUUGGGUGCUGGAGGCGGGGCCCGGGCCCCUGGAGCUGGGGUCCGAGGCGAGCACGUCGGUGAUGCGGCUGAAGCUGGAGGUGGAGGAGAAGAAGCAGGCCAUGCUGCUGCUGCAGAGAGCGCUGGCGCAGCAGCGAGACCUCACGGUCCGGCGGGUCAAGGAGACAGAGAAGGCACUGAGCCGGCAGCUGCAGCGGCAGAGGGAGCACUACGAGGCCACCAUCCAGCGGCACUUGGCCUUCAUCGACCAGCUGAUCGAAGACAAGAAGGUUCUGAGUGAAAAGUGCGAGGCUGUGGUGGCCGAGCUGAAGCAGGAGGACCAGAGAUGCACUGAGCGUGUGGCCCAGGUGCAGGCGCAGCACGAGCUGGAGAUUAAAAAACUCAAAGAACUAAUGAGUGCCACUGAGAAAGUCCGCCGGGAGAAGUGGAUCAGUGAGAAAACCAAGAAGAUCAAGGAGGUCACUGUCCGAGGCCUGGAGCCCGAGAUCCAGAAGCUGAUUGCCAGGCACAAGCAGGAGGUGCGGAGGCUCAAGAGCCUGCAUGAGGCGGAGCUGCUGCAGUCGGACGAGCGGGCCUCGCAGCGCUGCCUGCGCCAGGCUGAGGAGCUGCGGGAGCAGCUGGAGCGGGAGAAGGAGGCGCUGGGCCAGCAGGAGCGCGAGCGUGCUCGGCAGCGGUUCCAGCAGCACCUGGAGCAGGAGCAGUGGGCGCUGCAGCAGCAACGGCAGCGGCUGUACAGCGAGGUGGCUGAGGAGAGGGAGCGACUGGGCCAGCAGGCAGCCAGGCAGCGGGCGGAGCUGGAGGAGCUGAGGCAGCAGCUGGAGGAGAGCAGCUCUGCGCUGACCCGAGCCCUGAGGGCGGAGUUUGAGAAGGGCAGGGAGGAGCAGGAGCGCCGGCACCAGAUGGAGCUGAAGGCCCUGAAGCAGCAGCUGGAGCUGGAGAGGCAGGCGUGGGAGGCCGGCUGUGCCAGGAAGGAGCCCACAUUUUGUGUGGGCUCUGGAAGGAUCAAGGGUGCCUGGGGCGCAUCCUCUGUGGUCCGAGAACAGGUCUUGCACCCCUCGCUAGGGGCUGCUCCACCUGUGCGUCCCAUGGCCAGCCCACCAACACUCAGAUCCGGCUCACUGCCUCCUGUGCCCACCCAGAUGAACGAGCAGCUUUCUAGCGAGCGUAGCAACCUGGCCCAGGUGAUCCGCCAGGAGUUUGAGGACCGGCUGGCAGCCUCUGAGGAGGAGACGCGGCAGGCCAAGGCCGAGCUGGCUGCGCUGCAGGCCCGCCAGCAGCUGGAGCUGGAGGAGGUGCACCGGAGGGUGAAGACGGCCCUCGCGAGGAAGGAGGAGGCUGUGAGCAGCCUCCGGACACAGCACGAGGCUGCGGUGAAGCGGGCCGACCACCUGGAGGAGCUGCUGGAGCAGCACAGGCGGCCCACGCUGAGUACCAAGUGACCAGGAUGCUGGGAACACUGCCGAAGAACGGAAGGCAGAGGACAGAGGCUGGACAUGGCCCGGAGGCCCACGGGGAUGCCCACCUGCCCCCUGCAGAGGCCGGUGGUUGAGAUGCACAUGGCUGAGCACCUGUGGCUGCAUUUUAACAGUAAAGGAGGUCGUCGUUUUCAGUGC